GAUAAGGGCGGAAAAGUCAUUUGUGACGGGCCCAAAAAUUUUUGUGCACGACCCUGGAUAUAAGUAGAAUCAAAAAGUAGAUAAAUGGAUAGAUGAACCAUAUGCAUUCAUACACUCCUGUUUGUGAAAAUUGCAACACCAUUAAGGAAGCAUCAUAGUUGAAUGAAAUUUAAUACACAGUUGAGUGGUAAUGGUAUAAAUUAAUGAUUACAUUUUCAAACUAAACAAACAAUAAAAAGAGAUAGAAAUUAGUAUUUUUUUUGUGGCCACCACGUGCCGCAAUAAGAGCCGAUACACGACUCGGCAUGGAGUGAAACAAAGUUUGAAUAUCUGCCUGCGGAAGAGUAUUCCAUAUUGUUUGUGUGCGCAACCAAAGUUCGUCUGUCGAAGCAACAGGACGAGGAUCACGAGCGAGACGCCGCCCAAUGAAAUCCCACACAUGUUCAAUCGGUGACAUAUCCGGAGAAUAUGCAGGCCAAGGAAGAAACUGUACUUGCUGCGAAUCAAGUAACUUGGCAUGGUGAAGGGAGAAGAGGAAGAAGAUGCUGUCUCACAAACCGGGAAGGAGAAUACGGAACCCAUUAACCCCCAAAUCAGUUCGAAAAAAAAUUCUUCGACAGAGAACAAGCAAAUGUCCGAGCCAAUUGGAAUGAAGAUUGCUGCUGGGGUCUUCUCUCUACCACUCCUUCCUAUAACCCCUGAGCUUCCGCUAAAAGGUGAAAAUCCGCCAGAAGUUCGGAAAAAAAGUCCCGUCCGAUUCCCAACGCUACUCAUUCCAAACCAAGACAAGGUAUCUCAGUCGAGGCCUACAGUUGCUGGAAUACUAUUUCUCCCUUCCAUUUUAUAAUUCACAUUUAAAACGAUGCAUUGCAAUGGCUCUAAAGGUAUCUGUAAGCCGAAUUUUUCGUUGCAAAUUUUCUUGUUGGAAAAUAAAUAUGCUUU